CGCCUGCGCAGUAGCAGGUAUGUGCUCGCCACAUUCUGUUUCUGUGGCUAGCUGAAGUUAACACGCUAGCCUCCGGUUGCUGCUGUAACGGUCCGGUCCAGCACCUGGUCUGUCGCUGGUAGACCCGGUCCAGACCUGGCUUUAGACACGGUGCGGGUAGUUAACGCGGUACCGGGUUUGACCCAGGUUCUGCGCUGAACUGCAGGGGUUAGCUCGCUGCUAGCACCGGGACUUAAUUUAGCUCUAGUUCCGUUGCAGCGAAAAUCAAAACAAACUGAAGCUAACUAAAGCUGACGGCGGCUAGCAGCCCGGGAACAGGACAACAUGGCGACGGAGGAGAAGAAACCAGAGACAGAAAACAUCAAACAGGCUUCAGCCUCCUCAGGGUCCGGCAGCAAGUCUAACCCAGCCAAACCAAACUACACAGUGAAGUUCACGUUGGCCGGACACACGAAGGCUGUUUCCUCUGUCAAGUUCAGUCCCAAUGGAGAGUGGCUCGCCAGCUCCUCUGCUGAUAAGCUGAUAAAGAUCUGGGGAGCGUAUGAUGGAAAGUUUGAGAAGUCCAUCGUUGGACAUAAACUGGGGAUCUCUGAUGUCUCCUGGUCCUCGGACUCCAACCUGCUGGUCUCUGCCUCUGAUGAUAAAACCCUCAAGAUCUGGGACAACAGCUCUGGAAAGUGUCUGAAGACACUGAAAGGUCACAGUAACUACGUGUUCUGCUGUAACUUCAACCCUCAGUCUAACCUGGUGGUGUCUGGAUCGUUUGAUGAGAGUGUUCGUAUCUGGGACGUCAAGACAGGAAAAUGUCUGAAGACUCUGCCGGCUCACUCUGACCCCGUCUCUGCUGUUCACUUCAACAGAGACGGCUCACUCAUCGUCUCCAGCAGCUACGACGGACUGUGUCGUAUCUGGGACACGGCAUCAGGACAGUGUCUGAAGACUCUGAUUGACGACGACAAUCCUCCGGUGUCUUUUGUCAAGUUUUCUCCCAACGGAAAAUACAUCCUGGCUGCUACGCUGGACAACACUCUGAAGCUCUGGGACUACAGCAAGGGAAAGUGUUUAAAGACUUACACCGGCCACAAGAACGAGAAGUACUGCAUCUUCGCCAACUUCUCUGUCACUGGAGGGAAGUGGAUCGUGUCGGGCUCUGAGGACAGCAUGGUUUACAUCUGGAACCUUCAGACCAAAGAGAUCGUUCAGAAACUACAAGGACACACAGACGUGGUGAUCUCCACUGCCUGUCAUCCAACAGAAAACAUCAUCGCUUCUGCUGCGCUGGAAAACGACAAAACCAUCAAACUGUGGAAGAGUGACUGUUAGAGUGAAGGAGCCCUGCAGGUCCAGAACCCGGGCUGAGCUGGUUUAACUGUCCGAGUCAUACAAACAUACGGCCCACGAUCUCCAUGUGAACUCGCACAGGACCAGAACGCAGUCAGAUCAGGCCCCAGUGUGUCCCAGGUUCAGACCAGAAACCAGCUCAGACGUCGGUUCGCCCUGUACCAGCCUCUGAGGUCAACAACGUUUGAAGGACGAGUGCAGACUUUUUAUCUAAUUUCCGUUGAUGUGGAGCUCAGAGCUUUGAACAGCCGGAUGAAUUCAGCCGUGUUCAGACAGACAGGAAGUCCUCAGGUAGAGGGCGGAGCCUGUGUGUGGCUCACCUGGACAGAGGAAGAGGCAUGGAUUUCUAAUUUCUGGUUUUCGUAGUCGUGUUAGUUUAUUGUUGCUGUUGUUUCCUGCUUCUCUUCCUUGUUUCAGCUUUUGUUGACGGACAGAUUUUUCCAAACGUCAUCAUCAUGAUGUCAUAAUGUUCAUGACAUGUAAAGACAGAGAUGGUGUGACACCAUGAGUGAACACCUGAGUGAACACCUAAGUGAACACGGAGCGUGAACAUAUUUAUGAUGUCGUGUUGAUCAAACAUCAUAAAACUUCCUGUGGUGAUUGUUUACCUUACAAACAAAUUUACAUGUGGAAAAUAAAACAUUUUAAU